GUGCUGUCCGUCGCAGCAUAAACUAAGAUUCUACGUCAUAUUGUCUCUCUUUACCCCCAAGUCUUCCACCGGAGAGCACCACCGACCGCAUACGAGGCCGUCCUAGACUUGGGAGCCUGCAUUCGCCAAAAUGGUGAACUUCACAGUAAACCAGAUUAGGGAGAUUAUGGACAAAAAGUCCAACAUCAGGAACAUGUCUGUGAUCGCCCAUGUGGACCAUGGUAAAUCUACUCUGACUGAUUCCUUGGUGUGCAAAGCUGGUAUUAUCGCUUCUGCUCGUGCAGGAGAGACCAGAUUCACUGACACCAGAAAAGAUGAACAGGAGAGAUGUAUCACCAUAAAGUCCACAGCUAUUUCUCUGUAUUAUGAGCUCCCUGAAAAUGACUUGGCCUUCAUUAAGCAGAGCAAGGAUGGUUCUGGAUUUCUUAUAAACCUGAUCGACUCACCAGGACACGUUGACUUCUCUUCUGAGGUGACAGCUGCUCUUAGAGUUACAGAUGGUGCCCUUGUAGUGGUAGACUGUGUAUCAGGUGUGUGUGUGCAGACUGAGACCGUCUUGCGUCAAGCCAUUGCAGAGCGCAUCAAGCCUGUCUUGAUGAUGAAUAAGAUGGACCGUGCCCUCCUUGAGCUACAGCUUAAGCCCGAUGAGCUUUUCCAAACUUUCCAGCGGAUCAUGGAGAAUGUUAAUGUCAUCAUCUCAACCUACGGUGAAGGAGAACAUGGACCAAUGGGAAACAUUAUGGUUGAUCCUGUGGUUGGGACUGUAGGAUUUGGGUCAGGCCUCCAUGGCUGGGCUUUUACUCUCAAGCAGUUUGCUGAAAUGUAUGUGGCUAAGUUUGCUGCCAAAGGAGAUAAGAAAAAGGCAGAUCUUCCUCCAGCAGAACGGGCUAAGAAAGUGGAGGAGAUGAUGAAAAAACUUUGGGGAGAUAAGUACUUUGAUCCUUCCUGUGGAAAAUUCAGCAAAUCAGCAACCAAUGCGGAUGGCAAAAAGCUGCCACGUACUUUCUGCCAGCUGGUCCUGGAUCCAAUCUUUAAGGUUUUUGAUGCCAUUAUGAACUUUAAAAAAGAAGAGACCCAGAAAUUGAUUGAGAAGCUUGAAGUAAAACUUGAUGCUGAGGACAAAGAAAAAGAGGGAAAACCUUUACUUAAGGCUGUGAUGCGCCGCUGGUUGCCUGCAGGUGAUGCUCUACUGCAAAUGAUUACCAUCCAUCUUCCGUCUCCUGUUACAGCCCAGAGGUACCGCUGUGAACUGCUGUACGAGGGUCCUGGAGAUGAUGAGGCCGCUAUGGGUAUAAAGAACUGUGAUCCCAAAGCUCCUCUCGUGAUGUAUAUCUCCAAGAUGGUGCCAACCACUGACAAGGGUAGAUUCUAUGCUUUCGGUCGUGUCUUCUCUGGUGUUGUUGCUACAGGGCAGAAGGUGCGCAUCAUGGGCCCAAACUUCACGCCAGGAAAGAAAGAAGACUUGUACUUAAAACCAAUCCAAAGAACUAUUCUGAUGAUGGGUCGGUACGUGGAGCCCAUUGAAGAUGUGCCAUGCGGCAACAUUGCCGGCUUGGUUGGGGUCGAUCAGUUCCUGGUUAAGACUGGCACCAUUACCACCUUUGAAAAUGCUCACAACAUGCGUGUCAUGAAGUUCAGCGUUAGUCCUGUGGUGAGAGUUGCUGUGGAGGCCAAGAACCCAGCUGAUCUGCCAAAGCUGGUGGAAGGGCUCAAACGUCUGGCUAAGUCUGAUCCCAUGGUUCAGUGUAUCAUUGAAGAAUCUGGGGAGCAUAUAGUUGCAGGUGCUGGGGAGUUGCAUCUGGAAAUUUGCCUAAAAGAUCUAGAAGAAGAUCACGCUUGCAUCCCUCUGAAGAAAUCCGACCCAGUCGUGUCAUAUCGUGAAACAGUCAGUGAUGAAUCGGACCAGGUUUGCUUGUCCAAGUCCCCCAACAAGCACAAUCGUCUAUACAUGAAAGCUCGACCUUUCCCAGAUGGCUUGGCUGAGGACAUCGAUAAGGGUGAUGUGUCCUCACGGCAGGAGCUCAAACAAAGAGCUCGCUACCUGGCUGAAAAAUAUGAGUGGGAGGUUACCGAGGCCCGUAAGAUAUGGUGCUUCGGACCGGAUGGCACGGGACCCAACAUCCUGGUGGACAUCACAAAGGGAGUUCAGUAUCUGAAUGAGAUUAAGGACAGCGCGGUGGCUGGUUUCCAGUGGGCAACUAAAGAAGGUGCACUGUGUGAAGAGAACAUGCGAGCAGUCCGAUUUGACAUUCAUGAUGUCACCCUUCAUGCCGAUGCUAUCCACAGAGGUGGCGGUCAGAUCAUUCCCACAGCCCGUCGAGUUCUGUAUGCUUCUGUGCUCACCGCACAGCCAAGACUCAUGGAACCCAUUUACCUGGUCGAGAUUCAGUGUCCAGAGCAGGUUGUUGGUGGCAUCUACGGUGUGCUGAACAGAAAAAGAGGUCAUGUCUUUGAUGAGGCUCAAGUGGCUGGGACACCUAUAUUUGUUGUGAAGGCAUACCUGCCUGUAAAUGAAUCAUUUGGUUUCACAGCCGACCUGAGGUCUAACACAGGUGGUCAAGCAUUUCCUCAGUGUGUGUUUGACCACUGGCAGAUAUUGCCAGGUGACCCCUAUGACGUGAACAGCAAACCUGCCCAAAUUGUCACUGAGACCCGUAAGCGUAAAGGUCUGAAGGAGGGCAUCCCAGCAUUGGACAACUUCCUCGACAAACUAUAAUUUUCUCUGGAUUGUGUUAUUAAUCUUACAAUGUUAAAUAACGUCAGAGUGAUGAUUGGAAUAAUGUUUACACAAAACAUCGGUAGAGCUUAAUGUCAAUUUUCAAAGCUGCAGAGUCUGCAGGAAAUAAAAUCCAAGCACGUUA